CUAUCCAGACACAUUCCAGCGUGGUAAGUCUGCAGGUAUGAGACUGUUGAAUAGACAGGAUAGGAGAAAGGGGAUGAGAAAGCAGGACCGAGACGGGCUGAGGGAGAAACAGAAAAAAAUUAUAAAAAAGAAGGAAGACGAAAGCACUUCAGUAAGGAGAACAUGGUGGUCCAACACUACUGGCUGAUGCUGCUGGUGUUCAGCUGCCAUCAACGGAUUACAGGUACUGGAGUUAGCAUCAGUCCUUUUAUAAAGCAUUACGAAGUCUUGUCAUAUGACAGAGGGGAUCUCCACAGGAAACACUUAAGAGCCAGGAGGGCCACGCAUCCUCAGAACUAUACACUGGAUUUGGACUUUACUGCUUUUCAUCGAACCUUUCGCCUGCUUCUGAGGCAGGAUUCUGGUGGCUUUUCCGAAGAAUUCACAGUGUUCGGUGAAAAUGGCCCGGCAUCGGUCGACCUGUCCCACUUAUACUCAGGAACAGUUGAAGGCGAGUCCGGGUCGUCUUGCCACGGCUCUGUAUUACAGGGACAGUUUGAGGGAACCAUCCAUUCGCACAACGGCACUUACCACAUAGAGCCUCUUGACAGAUACGUCAGCAGCGCCACAGAACACCACUCCAUAAUCUACCACGAAGAGGAUGUGGUCCUUCCACACAUGAUGUCCCGCACUGAUGGAUUCUGCGGUGCCGAUCAUCUUAGCGCCAUCAACAAAAACUUCAUCCAGGAGGCGCCAGUGAGCCGGUCGAGGAGAACGGUGGACGAGUCGAAGACCAGCUGUCUGCUCCACUUCCACGUCGACCUGCUCUACUACAAGAAGUUCAAAUCUGUUAAAGCUGUUGUGGCUCAGGUAGCCUCUUAUAUGCGGGCUGUGAACGACAUCUACGACAAGGUGGAGUUUGAAGGAAUAAAGCUGAUCAACUUCAAAGUCCAAUCCCUCAAUGUGGUGACGACAGCGAACGAGAAGGGUCCUCUCGAUCCUCUAUUUAUUGGGCCGGAGAAGCUGUUGAGUCUUUUCUCUGAGAACAACUGGGGAAACUUCUGCUUGUCCUAUCUGCUCACCAACCGGGACUACAGCGGGGUGCUGGGGCUCGCCUGGGAAGGCAAAACUGGUAACUGGGGAGGGAUUUGUUCCAAAUACACGACCCUCCGUAACGGCCGAAUGUCCACGCUGAACACUGGACUGAUCACGAUUCAGAACUACGGACAGUUCCUGCCUUCCCGACAGGUCCAGCUGACCUUGGCCCAUGAACUGGGUCACAGCCUGGGUUCUCCGCAUGAUGAGGGCUCUAACUGUGGCAACCUUGGCUCUUCUGGCGGCAAAGGCCGGUACCUGAUGUUUCCACAAGCUACGGAUGAGGUGCGCGAAAACAAUGACAAGUUCUCGCCCUGCAGUAUCAAACAUAUCAGCAAGCUGCUGAAUCUGAAGAAAGACAACUGCUUCGUGGUCAGCAAUCAGCCCAUCUGUGGAAACAACAUUGUAGAGGAAGGUGAGGAGUGCGAUGUCAGUCACAACGACACGGACCUCUGCUGCUACAGCGCCAGAGAGGCUGCAGGAGUCCAGUGUCGACUUAAGCCUGGUAAAACCUGCAGUCCGAGUCAGGGCUUGUGCUGUGGCCAGAACUGUGAGCUUAAACCUUUGGGCCAGAUGUGCGACGAGGACACAGACUGUCUGAAAGAGAGCCAAUGCUCAGGCCUCUCGCCGGUCUGCCCCACACCGGACCCCAAGGAAAACCUGACCGUCUGCAGCGAGGGCACGCGCGUCUGUCUGAACGGGGUCUGCGCUGAGUCCGUGUGCGUGAAGCACGGCCUGCAGCAGUGUGACUGUCCAGGGACCAACAUGAAGGAGAAAUGCCACAUGUGCUGCCAGCAGCCUGGUAAGCCAGACACGUGUGCCAGCACCUCCUCCUCCGUACUGUCUCGUCACUUCCAGAAAAAGUUGUUGCCCCUGGUUGGAGGCGCUCCGUGCUCAGAGAACCAGGGAUACUGCGACAAAUUUCAUGUGUGUCGCCUCCUGGAUGCAGACGGCCCCAUCGCCAGGCUCAAGAACUCUUUCCUUCAUUUGGAUGAUUUUGACGACUUGGGGGAGUGGAUGAAGGCUCAUUGGUGGGCUAUCCUGAUUGCUAUACUAGCGCUAUCUGGAGUGAUGGGCUGCACAGUCCUCCUGUGUGGCAGGACCCUGAACACUCGGAACCUGGAAUGAGCCUUACUGUCACUUCAAGGAAUAAACGUUGUUGAUGAAAAA